ACGAAGUGUGGGUAUCAUACCGAUUUUGUAAGUGCUACGUUUUCUUUCUUUUUCUUCGACACAAUAAAAAAUCAUUUGAGCAAUCGACACAGUGGAGUAAGAGAGACACAGCUAACAAUAGAUAUGAAAAACAUAGAAAUGAUGUGAAGCAAGGAAUCGCUGACUCCAAACUUUUUGAUUGGGUUUCGAAUCUUGAAAUACCGGUAUCAUCGAAUAGUACCCGUGGAAGGGAUCGGCUAAGAGGAAGCAAAGAUCAAAGUUCGAGGGGCACACACAGACAAAACAAAAAACAGGAGGAUUCGCCUUUUCUCAUCCAUAUUUAACUUGAAGGUUAAACAGAAGAUAUAUUGCAACCUUUACAAUUGCUGGAGCAGAAAAUGACGUCGGACACAAUGGAUCAUCAAAACAGUGAGACUGAAUCGACUUCGAUGUUCAUGUCAAUAGUGCAGGAGAUAUUUUACAGUCCCAUGAACCUGGCGCUGGUGGCCAUCAUAGCAUUUUUAGUGUACAAAAUAAUCAAAGAUCGUAUUGAAGUACCCAGCGCGGGUUCUCAAAGGACUCCUGAGCCCGAAUUGCCCAAACUGAGAAGAGAUUUCACUGUUGCUGAACUGCGAGAGUAUGAUGGUAAUCAACCAGAUGGAAGAGUUUUGGUUGCUGUCAAUGGAAAUGUUUUCGAUGUUACCAAAGGAAAAAGAUUUUACGGGCCAGGCGGUCCUUAUGCAUCAUUCGCUGGCCGUGAUGCAUCCCGUAAUUUGGCAACUUUUAGUGUUACAGCUAACGAUAAAGAUGAAUAUGACGAUCUCAGUGAUUUGACCGCCAUGGAAAUGGACUCUGUUCUUGAAUGGGAAAUGCAGUUCAAGGAAAAAUAUACCUUGGUAGGCAAACUACUACGAAAAGGCGAACAACCAACAAACUAUGAAGAUGAAGAGGAGGACACUGAUAAAGAUUGUAAGCCAAACGACAUUUCUUCCGAUUCUGCUGCGGUGGCAAAGUCGGCUACCGUCUCCAGUAACUCUCCUACGGUCGACAAUGACUCCAUGAGGAAACGCAAUACCACCUUACCAAUUGAAGAAGUUGAUUAAGAAACAUUGUUUGCGACAACAAACAAGAUUAUGCUGCAGUGAUUACAUGUAGAUUUACUUAUUAAGUUUUCUGUCCUACAACUCAAACAGUAACAAUCAUUCUCCGUAUAAUAUCCGUUGCACUGUAAGUGGUUUUUUUUUUUUUAAAUUUUUGUACGUACUGUUCCGCCCCAAAAUCUACAUGUACUUCGAUGUGAUGUUUCAAAUAAUCAAACAUAGCCAUGCAAAAUCUGCUUUUAAAUUUAAGUGCAGCUACAACUAAAAAUCUUUUUAUGUUGGCAGAAAGAAUACGGUGGAACAGUAUGCCGCGGUGGUAGAUAUACAUAUUUAUGCACUAUAGAGGAAAUCGUACGUUAGUGACUCAAGUUUUGGUUGCAAUGGGCAUUUGAGUUAAAAAUAAUUUCAAGCAAUUUCGCGAAACAGCUUUAUUUUUACGUAUACAUAUAUUUUAUUUCAAACUAACACAUUUUUGGGGAAAAAAUAACUUGGUGACUACUUCAAGUAAAUCGAUACAAGCUGAUCCCCAUACUUAAAGUGUAUUCAACAUUCACAAUAUAUAUUAAUAAAUUUAUACGUAAAUAACAAUGUGUAAA